AUGACCUCGACCCUUCUGUCGUCCCACAUUCUGAACAAGACGGAUCAGAAGGCUGCAGAGGCUGCGCUGGCAGCACUACACCACACUUCGAUCCCAGUAAGCCAAACUCAGCAGUUAAGUAUUGCGGUCAUUGGGGCUCGGUCGACAGGCAAGAGUACUCUUACGGCCUUGCUUGCUGGUCUUCCGUUUUUGCGGUUCUCCCCAUCUCAGUGCUCUUCUUUUAUUAUGACUCAUUAUAUUCCGCCCCGGAGUUGUACCGCACUGCGACUGAUCGUCCAGGAUGUGCAUUAUGAAGACAAUGCAAUACUCCUAACCAACGGAUUAGUGUUCACCGUCUCAUGCUUGAAUGUUGAUCUUUCUAUCCGGCACCUUGAAUCGGUGGUUGACCGCGUUCUCCAGUAUCAAGAGGUCCUUAUUGCAUUUACCAAAGCAGACCAAGCUACAAACGAUGAGUUCACUGCAGCCUUGUCUAAGACCACGGACAUCGUCGCACGGCUCCGGGCCCGUCGAAUUUUGUGCCAGAUGGUGAUGCUGUCUUUGCCGAGCGAUGACACCAAGGCUUAUCUAAAGAGCUUCACUAACCAUGUGUACAUAUCCAUGCGGCAUGCACUGGCGCAGAGAGAGCUGAAAGAGCUGGAGGAGCAAUUGGCUGAUAGCACGGCCUCCAUGCUUUCUGAAAAUUCGGUAUCUUUGGCAGCAAUGAUUAAUAGGCGCUGCGUUCACAGUUCUCUCAGCAGCGAUGUGCUGUCUAUCGCCUUCAACAUAGAACUUUUCGGCAAUAAGAAAUAUGCGCAGCAGCUGGAGCUAUACAAAAGCAUAGUGGCUCAGCAGGAACCAUCAUCGAUAAAGUUACCUAGUGCUAAUAUAACGAAGGGAGAUGUAACUAUCACUGUCAUGCCUGCAAUUCCUGAGGACCAGUCACAGACUCACAGCAGAUCAGCUCCCGAGUCCUGCGAGGAAGACGGGAUCAAGGUUCCUGAAAGUAAUGUUUCUACAUUAAGCAGUGUGGCAAUGGACGAGUCGUUCUAG